CUCGUUCUUCCAGCGCAUGAAUACUUGCCUGGUUGCCCUUAUACAUGUGGUACGUAAAUUUGGCUUCCGAUUCUACUUGCGCUUGUAUCAACUACAUGUAACAUAUACGUUCGCGGCCUGAGGACAUUUUGCAUUCUAAAUUUUCUUGCAUGCAUGAGUCUAAUUACUGCCUAAUUGUGUGGUGUAUUUUUAUUUCAUAGUAAAUGUUUCAACCGCAUUGAGGCCAUCUUCGUCAGUAACAAUAUCUGGUACUGGUAGUGUACAUGUCGUCUAUUCAUCAGUUAUAGUAACCACUUCAGGGAUAACAACUCGGCAAUCUGCGAGUUCAUCAUCUCUCACUCGCACGCUGCAGGAAGCAGGUAACAUAUCAACUGAUUGAUAUUUGUUGAUACAAUUAAUUAAAUUUCAAAUAUUUUAGUCAAUUGCAUAGCAGCAGACUGACAAUUUUUUGGGUCAACUAAAUAAAGAAUAAAUAUAGAUACUUUGAAAUAGAUAUUUUAGUGUGUAUUAACAGUUCGUUUUAAUAUAAUUAUUAUCAUGCUGUCAUACCCUCCAGGGGAGCAGCAAAUUUUAUCUGCAGGCAAGGGGUGAAGCGAACUGAAAAAUAAAUUCAAUAAAGUGAUUCAUAAGCGAACAGAUUCAUUGCUAAAAGUAGAAUCAGCUUCUACUUUUUCAAGAUGAGUUUUGUCGUUAUUAAGCAAUCACGUGACGACCUUCUGAAAAGGUUUCGUUCAUGGAGUGCCCGGAAUAGUACAUGGAAAACAAGCUAAUUUUGUACUUGAAUGGACUACUAUGUUGUUCCAAAAUGUAAGACAUGCAAUCAGCCCACCAAAGAUUCUUCUUCAUUCGAAGAAUACGCAUCUGGAUAUACGCGCGAACCUUUAAACUCAACAAAUGUGUUUUCAACAUUUAAAACAAUUACCUUAUUUCCUCUAUUUUGCCCCAACUUCUUUUUUAGCCCCCACUUAAUUCAAAUUAGCCCCAGCCCUGAAACAAAAUAAGCCCCCGCCAUCUAUUUAGCCCCCCUCCCACUUUCUAUUAAUUAAAUCAUAAACUUCGUUCGUAGUCUCAAUGUUCCAUCUUGUACUGCAUCACGAAGUAGUUUGAUUUUGUCACAUUGUUUAAUAUUGCAUUUGUAAUGUUUAUGUUACUCUAACGGGCAGCAGUAAUUGGCUUGCGCUCUUGCAGAUUCCAUAAUAAGGCAAUGCUAUAGUAUGCCAAAUAAAUAUAUGCAAUGCACUCUCCUCCGCAGAGCCGUAUCAGCAAACACGAAAGCUAGCUAUACCCGUAAAAUGUAAAGCAUUCCACUUGUUUAAUAACUAAAUUUAUAUAUAUAUAUAUAUAUAUAUAUAUAUAUAUAUAUAUAUAUAUAUAUAUAUAUAUACAGCUAGUCUUUGUGUUUAACUAUACGGCUCUGUCAACAGGGCCGGAACUACUUGGGGAUGGGGGGUGUAUAGCAUCCCCCCAAAGAAAAAUCGAGAAAGGGGCCCAACUUCCCCAGAGGGGGUCCCGGAAUGCUGGAAUUGCGGAACGUGUUAAAUAUUAAGGAAUAUUCUGAAAUAUUGAGGUCGAAAAAGGUCUGAAAAAGUAUUUUUAACCCCCCAUUAUCGCAAAAUAGCGUUUAGAAAACAUUGUUGAGACGUUUUAUUUUCGAAAAAAAAACGUCGACCUCACCUCCCCCCCCCUCCCACCCCAGGAAAAUGUUUCCUUUACGGAAAAUUGUUUUCAGGGGGGCCCGCGAAAGGAAGGAGGCCCAAAUUUUUCAUGGCCCUGUCUUCGUGAAUAUUUGUCUUUAUAAUGAAACCAGCGAGUUCAUGUAUCUGGAACAUUAAGUGAAGCGUAUCAUUAAUACAGUGUCAAAAUGAUAAACCUGUUUCUUUUCAUAUUUAAAUUUUUUAACUUCGCCUUGCACGUUUUCAUGAUGCAACUAGUUUUGUUGCAUAAUAAUUGGAUGCCAAAAAUGAAUGUUAUUGUGAAAUUUCGUUACGUUUUAGAAUCAUCGACGCCGCAUGCAACAAAACAACCACCUAUUCAUAAAUCACUUUCCCCCAUCAUUCCUUCUUACAUCAACGGAGUGAUGUCAAGUUCAUUAAGCCACAGCAGCACCUAUGGUCCCAGCGUUAAUAAUGGUAAGAUCGUUGUUUUGAGGCACGUAUAGCAUGUCGGAUUGUGUUAGUCACUUGUUCAGAGCUAAGGUUUUAUUCCAGGGCAUUUUGUUUCGCUGACCAACCAACCGCGGAAACAAAAAAAGCUCUGGGUACGAGGUCGAGGUUUUAUAGAUAUAUGUUACUUUCUGUCAGGGUCUCUCAGAACGUGGGCAAAGGGGAGCAAUUUGCCCCGGGCCCCCAGUUAAUUAAAGGGGGCCCCAAAAUUUGCAAAAGCGGGGCAACAAAAGGUGUAAUUAAAAAAAAACUAUUUGGAACGUUUUUUAUAUAAAUGAUGGUAUGAGAAAAAUUUUUAGACCUUGGUCCAAAAAAAAGUAUUUUACCCGUGUUUUUACAGGUAUUUGUCCGGAAAUUUUUUUUUGAAAUGCAUGUUCGGAGAAAUUUUUUUACGGAUUUUUUAAAAGAAGACCAACUUUUUGAGACUUAAUUUCUAAGUCGUCAUCAGACAUGCAGAAUCAAGCAAGUGUAACUAUAUGAUUAACCGAAUUACACAACGGAUCAAGCCCGUUGUGUAGUAAAUCACUGGCUCGCAAUAGCUGAACAAAUAAUCCUCAUCGAGCCGGAAAAAAGCAGAUCUAGACUGUAGUAUUUCCAGGCGUUCAAGUUACUGAACUUUGUCGUUAUAAUGGUAUUCCCAUCCCAUUAUUGUCAUUCCCAGUCCCAGUAACACAAUUGUCGAGAUUUGGGGGCAUCUCGCCUGGAUAGAACAAAUUAACAGUUGGAUGCUUUUUGUAGAUGGAAAUAUCGAGCGGAAGAUUAUGGUCCAUUAUGUAUUUAAACACACUUGUGGAGUGUUUAUCAUAGUAAAAUGCGUGUGCCCUUUGAAGCAUUUGAAUAUGUUUGAAACACUCCUACAUGUUCGACCAACUCAAACACGACUACAAUAUAUGCCGUCUUAUUAAUAUUCUUUAUAUAAAGAAUACUAAUUAGGAUGGACUUUUAUGUACUAUUUAAAGCACGCGUAGGAGUGUUUUAUCAUAUUUAAAACGCAAGGCGCAGCCGAGCGUUUUAGAUAUGAUAAAACACGACUGCAAGUGCUUUAAAUGGCUUAAAAUGCGACUACAAAAGAAUACUAAUUAGGAUGAACCAUUAUAUAAUCAUACUAAUUAGACUAAUUAGGAUGAGUUUUAUCAGAUAUAAAGUCACUCCACGUGACAUUACUGACAUAUUAUGGCUGACAUGAUUUGCCACAAGGUUUAUGAAUUAUUAAUGAGUAUUUUAAAUAAAGAAUAGUAAUGAAGAUGAGUUUUAUCAGGAAUAACGCCUCUUAUGAACUAUAUUAAUGAGUGUUUGAAUAAUUAAAUACAAUUUUAUACCUAACCAGGAGCAGCUACGAAAAUGCAACUCUAGGAUUGAUCUCAACAACUGGACUAUGUAUGUUAUGUAGCUCAGUUGGUUAUAGGCCGCCGCACUGGAAUCGCAACUGCAAAUUCAUCUCCUGCCAGAGGACCUAUAGUUGCGGCAUUCUCGCGAUCGCUGCCCCUGGUUGGGUCUAAAAUGUUCCCCCUUCAUUUCAGUGCUCUAUAAUAAAACAAAUAAAACUAAAAUCUACAAAAUAAAUGAUGUUAUUUAUAUGGUACAUAAUUGGAUUAAAGAUAAACACAGAAAGACACAUAAGAAUUAAAGUACAUUUUACUAACUUAUGCCCCUAAUUAGACUGUAGUUUGUAAAUGUUUAUUUCGUAAAUAUAGGUACGAAUUUAGAAACGGAUGGAAUACCUUUGAUAAUCGUAGCAGCAUCAGCUGCUGGAGCCGGUAUUGUCUUUAUCCUUAUCAUCAUACUAUGUUGUUGCUGUCAUCGACGAUUAAAACGAAAGAAAAAUGAAAGAAUAUUCCAGAAAUAUUAUCGUCCUACUAUCCCAUGCAAUUCAUCACAUGAUCUUGAAGUCGAAGAUGAUAAUUCCAAUAUGUGGGGUAUGAGAAACUGUAGUAUUUCGUGUUGAGUUGCACUCUUUUAAAGAAAUAGUCGCAUGUGUGAAUAUUUAAUUUCUUUCCAUAUCAAGCUUCACAAACGAAACUUUCAAUUGAAAAUAAAGACGAACAAUCUAUUCAUCCAAAGCCACAUCAAGGAAUAUCAAAUAAGGCAUUUACCACAUCGGAGUCCCUACCUGAGAUGAAUAUUAUUCAAGAAAAGUUACCUCCUGAUCUUCCUAUUGACAUUCCGAAUGAUGCAGAGCAGUCAAUUUCAAACAAAGUAGAAGGUAAUAGAACGUUCUACUUUCAUUUCUAUCGCUUAAGGAUAGUUUUCGUGUGAAGGAUGCAUCAAUCCCAAAACAAAAUUCACGACAAAGAGCAUUCUUAGUGACGAGGGUUUUUUUUCAGUCAUAAACUGCAUCACUUUACUUUUAUUAUCAGUUGUAGAAGUCAUGAAUAAUCAAUAUGGCUACAAACAAAUCACGGCGCGGUAUUUUUGUUACAUAUGCACACUUGCAACCGCAUUAAAGAUCAGUAAGCCAUGUUAGGAGAUGUUUAUGAAAGUUAUGAAUACUAAUUCAGAAGCAGGGAUGUUUACGAAAGUUAUCAAUACUGCUUCAGAUUUUAAAUGAUGCUAAUGAAGCGUGAGAUUGUCUCCAUGCAUGGGCAGUGAAUACUAAUAAAGUAAACAAAUGAAUUCAUUUUACGUUUAUUUUACUGCUCAUAUUUUAACUAGUACUUCUAGGUUUAGCGAUUUUAGUCUUUGCUAUUUCGUAGGUGUUAUUGAGUUUGUAACUUAAAUAAAUACUCUCCUGUUUUAAGCUUUGAAUAUUCAAGAGAUUAAUAAAUCUGGCGAAGAUGAUCCAGGUCCAGUCCAAAAAAUGCCGGAAAAAGUCAGAGAAAUUGAUAAAGAACUUCCUGCAGAAGAGAAUUCUCCACUAUGCGAUGAUGACAGAGCAAGUUUACUUGUCUUACAAAAUCUUGAUAAAGUUCUGAAUAACGAGUGUAUUAAUGAUGUAAAUACACCUGAAGAAGAAACAUCUGACGGAAUUACUAGUUUUACUGAUGAUCAAGAGAAGAGUAAGUAUCAUUUGCAAGUUUUCUUUCAUGACCAUGAGUAUAGUGUCCCAUGUGCCACAGAACCACACCCGUAUAACGUUAAGAAUUUAUAGAUUAUGCAGUAUAACUAGCGUGCAGUUCCUCUGCUUGAUAUAUGUUGGAUGACUUGUACAUAUUCACGCUGUACAUCUUAAAUUCGUGAUAAAAUGAUCACAUGUCCUUCAUCUUUAUGAUCAUCAUCACCAUCAUCACCAAAAUCAUCAUAUUUAUCAUCAUUGCCAUCGAUCGUUAUCUUCAUCAUCAUUAUCAUUUUGCAUUACCCGAUUUCUAAUUUGGAGCUAUAAGAUCAUUCAACGUUGUUCUAAGUAUAUCCCGUUAAGUACCUGUAGGUUUUUUUAAUUCAUCGGUCUAUACAUCAGGUUUCUGUUGACUUGAAGACUGUUGACUUGGCAUAGCACUCCCUCGUCCAUCGUCACUUCAAAUAGGCAGGACCAUGGCAUUGGGACCUAACCCACCCUGUCCUAACCCACCCUGGAGCUUCUAGAUAACGUUUGAGAAAUGCCUGUUUCGUACAUGGGCUCGUUGUGUUUCAUGCAUUGUGCGAUAUGACCUUUAAGCGAAUGUUUGGUCAGAAAACACGGGUGUAAAGCUCCGGAUAUACGGGCAAUAUUUUUCUGGUGACGGCAAUGCAAUGGUGGUAAAAUUGUUGCGUUGCCGUUGCGUUGAAAUUGCUUGUGUAUCAUGCUCUGCGACAGCCGGCAACGCAGCGCGCAAUCAUUGCCGAAAUUUUAAAUCAUUUGUUUUUUGGCAAUGCUUGCCGAAAAUUGGGAGGUAUGGUCAAGAAAGGUCAAGGUUGAUGAUUGACACGUCUCUUGACCAGCCAAUGAAAAGCGUUAUGAAGACGUAUAUUGCAGGUGAAAGCCACCUUGUGUGACGGCAACGCAAUACUGUUGUCAAUCAUUGCGUAACCAUCGCAGCAAAAAUAUUGCUCGUGUAUCCGAAGCUUAAAAGUCCGUGCAUGGUGAGAUACUGCAGGCUUUAGAGCUUUUAAAUUUACUCGUCUUGUUAAAAAGGUUUUACAAAAAGGGCUGGUUAAGAUCCUAACAACAUAGACUGUAUAGCAUGUACUGCAUGUGCUGACUUUACCACUUACAAUGAUCAUGUAAAGCUCUUACUAGUAGGCCCCUAGCCCUACUGUAAUAAUAAAUUAGUAAACUUUUGUAAAUAUUAUUAACAUUUUUUUGGGCGAAAUUAAAUUUAAAAAAAAAAAGUUUUAACAUCCUAAUGAAUUUUCUAGAAGACGAUGUGGAAUAUUUUGUUGUCAUAUACCCUUUCCAAACGUCCAAUACAGAUGAAAUAUCACUUGAUGUUGGUACUACAGUAUCAGUUAUUGACAAUAAACCAUCUGGUUGGUCCUGGGUUGCAAAUCAAGAUGGUGAUACAGGCUGGUUUCCAACUCGAUACUUGGCUCUUGUGGAUACAGAUAAUGAUCCAGAGGAGUCUGGGGUGAGUAAUAAUCCAUUAAAGCCCGAAUCAUGCAAACGAGGAUGACUCGCACGAGAAUAGGCAAUCACGCGACCUUAGCUAGCUGUUAUUAAUGCUUUCCCAACACUAUCAAUGCGUGUAUUCUAUUUAAAUUAAAACAUAGUUGGAACACUCAUGAUAAUCUGGAGCUUGAAAUGUACCGCGUAUAUAUAUAUAUAUAUAUAUAUAUAUAUACCGGGUGGCGCAAAAAAAAGUAUAACUGUUUGAUUUAGGACAGCGAACAAUCUAUAAGGGUUACAUCCCUGAAAUAAACGUAGCUGUAUUCAUAAUAGUCUAACUUAAAUUUUGAGCUAUAGCAUGUUUAUUUACGUGCAAUAUUGCCUGGGAUAUCGCCAAAUAAAAUUUGGAACGAAGUUUUGAAAAUCUGACAAAUUGGCUAAAAAUGGCCUAUUAAACUGUUUUGAUAAAUUUUAGAAUUUCGUCAGACAUAUUUGCUUGUAUGAAUUUAAUUUGAAUUGAAACGUGUAACGAAUGAUUUUCCUUAUUUAUUUAUUUGUUUUAUUAUCAUUUGAAAAGCAACAAAAUUUCGAAAAAGAUGGCUCUUUUAAUUAAGAAUUGCUUCGCAGUAUUCCAUGUCCCAUAGCCAUAGGGAAUUAAAUUAGAUCAACAACCGAACAAUUUGAGACAGAUUGUCAUAACUUUGAUCAUCGUUAAUUCCUUUACUCGUAUUUAAUAGGCUAUUUUCAGCUAAUUUUGGAACCUUUUGAAAAUGCAUAUUCAAAUUGAUUUACCAAUAUCUUGGGUAAUACUAAACAAAAAUGCAUGUGUUAUACAUCAAAAUUUAAGUUAGGCCUUCCUGGAUAGGAUAACAUUUAUUUGAGGAACGUAACACUUAUAGUUUUUUGCUGUACUAAAUCAAACGCGUGAACUUUUUUUUGCGCCACCCGGUAUGUUUGUCUUCUAAUCUUAUAUAUAUAUAUAUAUAUAUAUAUAUAUAUAUAUAUAUAUAUAUAUAUAUAUAUAUAUAUAUAUAUAUAUAUAUAUAUAUAUAUAUAUAUAUAUAUAUAUAUAUAUGCAUGUCUCAUGCCAUCUCUCAUCAACUCUCAUCCUCGCGAUCGUUUGUUCGGGCUUAACUUGAAUAAGAUUUGUUAUAUAUAUGCUUUGUCAUGAACUUGCUUCUUCUAUGAUUUGUCAUGGAACAGCAAGUUUAAUCACAGACCACGACAGCCAUGCAACAAGAUAUUAAGCCUUAUAGUCAUGUGAAAAGAACGACUAUAAAUUUGUAAAAGCAAUUACUACAAGACGAGCUAGCGAUUUAUUUGGCUAUUGAGUAUUGUCCUUCCGCAUCUCGGAUAUGCCACGCAGGUUUGGGCCCCAAGCAGUAGAACUCUGACAAGAUGUUGAAAGAAUUCAGAGACGUGCCACUAUAAAUAUAUCCUUCAUCUGCCAUUUCGUUGCGAACACACAUAUACAAGGAAAGAAUAUAUUCAUGCAAGCUAAUUUAAUUCCGCUAACUUACUGGCAUGCACGAGUGCUUGGACAUGUUAUUCUUCUUCAAGAUCAUCAAUGGCCUCACUUUUCUGGAUAAAACUAUAUACUAGAUACUAAAACUAGAUACUUACACAAGAUCCUCCAGUACAAUUGAUAGUUACACCUUAGAAGAGUGACAGUGUCGAACAUCGACGCGCGUAUAGUAAAUCAUACUUGAUAUACGCGGUCGACAAGGGUAGCCUAUGGAAUGCGCUGAAAUGAUGAAAUCCCACGCAAAUCAACAUUCCUCAAACUUCUAAAGCUAUGCUAAAGGAAUUAAAAUUGAUACGUUGUUUUUAUCAGACAACUAUAUACCAUGCAUGGUAAGCCAUUUCAGUGACAUGUAAAUAUAUAGACCCAUUGCACUUGACGUCACAGCGCCAGUAACGAUGCAUCUGGAGGACAAAUUAGCAAUCUACGCAUAAUAUAACUUUUGUAAACAAAGCAAAUUUUGUAAAAGUCUAUAAUAAUUUUGUAUUAAAAUGGUUAUUUUUUUCGAUGUAUGUGGUUGUUGUACCCGAACAGAGAUUGUUAGGUAGCAUCUGGAGGACACUCUAAGGAUUUGUGACGUCAGUGCAAAGGGUCUAUAGCUGGAAUGCAUUUUUAAAAAUAAGCGUAUGCAGGAAUACAGCAGGAUGUUUUGUUAACACUGUAUUCAUUUAUUUCUAUAGUGGAUUCACUAGUACUAGUUAUAUACGGACGUUCAGUAUUAUAUUCUUCCAACCUCGUCCCCAGGGUUGUCUUGGUGGUUCUCACGCGCCACUACCAAGACGCCCCUGCAUGGGGAUUAGAUUGAUAUUCUUUUGCUUUCUGUUUUAUAAUAUUGGGUUAAUUUUGUCAUAAAUAUCAAGAUUUUGGCCAUCUUGCGUGAUUGAACUGCAGUAGGUUUUUGGUUUCGAGCGAAAGAUUUAUUACGGUAAAACAAAGAAUGGACGAGUAUAUAGUGAGAAGUGCGAACGUGAAGACGAGCAAUGCGGAGAUGAAUUAUUUUACUGCAUGCAUGCAUUAUUUUUUUCUUGAUAUUUGCUAGUCGACAUAUCAGUUUGUUUUAAAGAGUCUUUCAAUUAAAAUUGACAUUUUAGUUUCGAAAACUAAUUUCGAAAGGAAAGAAUUUAAGAAAGACUUGAAAUACUCAAGAUACGAAAUUCGUUUCGAAAUUAGUUUCAUGAAAUUAGUUUCAAAAACUAAUUUCGAAAGGAAAGAAUUUAAGAAAAGCUUUAAAUACUCAAGAUAGAAAUUAACUUUAUACACAGUGUCAGUGAAAAAGUGUUUCUAAUUUUGGUGAAAUGGUUAAUUUGUUACAUGUGAAACGUGAAAUGGCUAUUUUUCUUCAUAUAUGAAACGUGAUCUACCCACGCACCCGGCUCUUCAGAACCCCUCUUGUUGUCGAUAAAUUAAACUAUGGAAAUGUUGAAUUAAACACUAAAAUAGUACCCCAAAGGUUGCGGGUUCGAUUCCCACUGUGGUCAGGCAAACGUUUCAGCUUGCCCGGUGUGGAUACACACUCAGAGUAACAUCACAAACAUCAUAUUCACCUGAGUAUAACACCAACAAACACAAAAAGUAUCAACGGCCUAGUUUAAAGAUCAACGUCUGAACUGGUUAGUUUCGAUUGUUUUAAGAUCAAUCCAACAAUAAAGUUCAGCAUCGUUUGUUGGGAAUUUUGAUUUUGGGUCGAGUUGGAUUCAACUAAUUACCACUCAUCAUAAAUACCGUUUAUACCUUUUCCGAAAAUUUUUGAGACCAGUUAAUUAAGUUCGACGUUUGAAUCAAGUUAGAUUUAAGUCGACUCCGGCUAUAGGUCGCCUCAAAUAGCUGGGUCUUAUACAGAGGCAAUUUUCCACCUGUGUUGCGUUGAAAAUUCAUACUGAAGAUUUCGGUGUCCUUAACUUUUCUGCCACGCUGAACACGAUUAAUAUUUUUGGUAAAUAUGGUAUUCUUUUGUACGAUACGCGGUACUCAUAAGCCGCUGACGAUACAUUAUGUUACCUUUUAUGGAAGAAAGUCAAAGACUAAGUGAAGUGGGCGAGAAUAUAAUUACUAUCAUGAUGGUACGCAUGAAUCAUUCCGUUCAAGGUUUUAACAAAUUCAGCUGCAAGAUAAUAUAUAUUUACAUAUAUUCAUAUUGUGGAGGUGGUCAUAGUAACUUCCUAUUAAUCAUUCUUCUACACACCGUUUCUUCUUAAUGCAAUAUUCACUCACUGAAAGCUGUUUUAUGAGUAACCAUCAAAACGUAACCUGGUCUCAACUCUCAAGUGAUCUGACGUUGACGUUACCUUGAUAAUGAUAGUAAUGUUUGUAUGUUAUUCUUUUAUAUAUUGUAUAUUGUGUAUUAUUGUCAUUUGUUUCGAUAUUAUAUUUUGCUUAUUGUGUUGGUUAUUGAGUCUUUGUGUAUAAUGACUAGCACUAGAUAUCAAUACCGGCGUUACAACAUCACGUAAAGUUGAUGAGAAACAUUGACUGGAAUUCUUCGACUGAGUGGGACAAGAACGAUAUCAUUAAUUACGACUUAUAAUAUAUUGUUAUAGACUUUUCUUUAUACACUUCUAGUACAUAUGUAUUUUGUAUACACAUUCACAGGAAAAUACUAAUCAUUUUAUUGCUCCAUUAAACAGUGGUAAAAGAGUAUGACAAAGAGGUCGAGGAAAUAAGUCUUUCGCCUGUCUGAGUGCUGCUUUAUUUAAUACGACGUCUAUUUAAUUAUGAUACAGUAUAAAUCAUAUAUAGGCUAUAGUAUAGCUUUGCCGGUUUUGGCUGUGUCACAUCAAACUGUAAGAUAUCCAAGUUAACCAACGUCGCAUCACUAUAUAAAAUCAUAACUGAUAUACAUGCAGACCUGACUUAAUUAUCGCCUUACUUAUCGACUUACUAGAUUUAUUCCUCUAUAUAUACACCGCUUCUUGUUAAUGCAAUAAGCCAAUAUGCACUCACUGAAAGCUGUUUGAGUAACCAUCAAAACGAAAUAUUCUCCAGAUUUUUAUCGCCUUAGGGCUUAGGCUUAUGAAAUACCAGACUCGAGCAGUGUCCAGUAUGAAAUACCAGACUAUAGAGAGUAGAGUUAGUUUGUUGAAUUGUUGAUAUUGAAUUAACAGUGGAAUGACGCGAUUCUUGAAGUUGUAACAUAAUUUAUACAGUAUACGACUGUGUAUACCUUGUGUAUUUAAAAAUCUACAUAUCUCCAACGCAACAGUCAUUGUGGCCACCAAAGAAUAUAACUAGUGAUUACAAUAGCUGACAUAUUGUGACAUUGUCAAAUCCUGCACUUUGAUUAUGCAGGAAAGCCCGAAAUAUUCAAGAUUCGCAAGCUCUUCAAACAAGUUCAACAAACUUGUUGGUCCAAAAUCAUCGAACAAUGACUGUUGCAUGACUGUGCCAUUGUUAGCCUGUUUCAUAGUGUUUGUUAUGUUGGCUGAUGUUGGAUAAUGUUGGAUCAGGUUUAAUUCUGUUCAAUAUUUUCAUCCAGCAUUGGUUUGAACAUAUUAUACAAUAUUUUCAGUUUAGUCCGCUUUAUAAGGACUUAACUCUUAAGCUUGUUAUAACCAUUAGCAUUGUCUGAAGUAAACAAACAGUUCUUUAUGUUAGAGUAUUCAAAAUACGUUUGAUCAUAAUUUCAAAUAUGGUAGUUAUAUAAUAAUAUAUAUAAAUAAUGAAUUAUAAUUUAUAUGUUUUAUGCGUUGAUAUGAAUAUCAGACAGAAUAUUUUCGGUAAAUUUCUAAUCGAAUUGACCCUACAUUUAGUCAUUAGCCAGGGAAGAAUUCCGGGCAUGUUUUCUAUAAUAUACAACCAUGUUGUUUUCCCUAUCGUUUUGAAUGACCUAAUUCACUGACUGGAAAUAAGUAAAAGUUAAACUACUGUAUUAAUUACUAUUCUACCAGUUGUAUACGUUUUGCUGGGUCGAUAUGAAUGUAUGCCCAUAAUUACAACAAAGCUAUUAAUAGCCGGAUGAGACAAACAAGGAAGUUGAAGUAAUUACGUAACCCAUCGGCAUCAGAUAUAAUUAUAUUGUUUUUGUUUGGUGAAAACGGUUCCUAUAUAGAAGAAGCCGUGUUUUUCAAUUUUAACUUGCUACCCUACCGCAGUGCCAGGCACAUGAUCGAUGAAGGCAUAAUUCUUCAAUUGUAAAGAAAAUUAUUUGUACUGUUUUUUGUCAUGCUGCUGAGUGGGUCGCCUAUAAAAGGCCACGACGACACACCGGACACGAUUCGACAAAGCGGCGCGAUUUUUCAGUUUUUGAAAGUCAAUGAAAGGAAAUGUUAAAAGAUAUGUAAACCAAAUGAUUUAAAAUGUUAUAAUAGUGCUUCAAAAUAUUUGAAAAACUUAAACCAGGAUCAAAGGUGUCUUAGCCUUUAGAUUUAAUGGGCAUGAACAUAUAUCCUUGAUUCUUACGCCUGUAUUUAAAAGCUCACUCACAUUCACACUCAAUGAGUGGAGGUUUAAUUUGAGCUUCCCUUGAGUGUCAAUGCUGUUUUUGAAUAGCUGGAGGGUGAGUAGUCACAUAGUAAGGUAUGGCACUAACCCUCCAGCAGUCCAGCUAUUCAAAAACAGCAUUAAUUGUCACUCAAGGGAAGCUCAGAUUGAACCUCCACUCUUUAGAGUGUGACUGAGCUUUUAGAAUACGGGCGUCAAAGUUUAGGCAAAAUAACAACUUCUAACUUUCACAAACUUGCAAGCAAGUUGCAAUAAUUUUUUUUGUUAAUUGGAAAGUAACAAUUUUAAUAUCGUUUGUUCAUGAAUAGCUACUUUUUUAUAUUUUCUCCUCGCCUUCAUGCACGUGUCAUUUAAGACUGCAUAGAUAGAGGGAACUGGGAUACGCUUAUUUUUGGACUGGAAAACUAGGAUUUGGGUUAGUGGGAAUGACAUACAGACACAAAACUUUGAAAGCCCAUAUAUAAUGAUACAGUUGUAGUUGGACUUAACUUCAAGAAAAGCUACAGAGCAACUUUUGAUUGAAAGUUUGUCUAAAAUAUUCUGGAAAACUGCAUUCUCCCUUUUCCGGCUCGAAGUAAUUUAAUUUUCUGCUAUUGUGAGUCCGUGAUUAACUUAGUAUGCCUAUACUAUAUGACAAGCAUUUAUAGACUUUAAACCUUUAUUUUAAAGAGAGCUAUUGAAAGCAGAAUAUUGUGUUUUAAAAGAACAGUAAGUUUACAUUUGAAACUAGGAUCCCCUUCCCUUCAGGAGCCUUACCUGUCCAAAGAAAACUAAUAUAUCUAGUAUAAAACACAUAAAAAUUAACAACCAUGGUAUUAAAAAACUUUACGAUCUCUUGCAGGAUGUUCAAACUAACCAUCAAAUCGGCUAUUCAAUUCCAGGUAAAGUGUGCGUAUCAAGUAACAUAUAUAGGUGCAUGAUAUAGCAUGGUGUUUGGUACACUUUGAAAAAGACAAGCUGUGGAGGUUCAAAGUGGAGGGGUACUUCUAUUUGUCUUGCUUCAGAACAAGGCACUUUUUCCAUUCUUUAUUUGACGUAAAGGGACCUUUGAAGAGAACUUGGGGGGAGGAGAAUUUUUCAAAGACUUUCAAUUAGCCAUUUCCCAAUCGAGCAGAGGACUGGGUCUAGUUGAUGUUUGGAGGAACGUUUGGAGGGACAACAAGUUAUAGUGAACGAGUUAAAUUAGAAGAUGCCUUAUUAUAAUUGUUGCGUUUCAGGCUGCACAAAUAACUUUAGGAAUGUAGGAAAACUUCCUAGAUGCCAUAUUCGGCAUAUUGUUUAUUUUUGUCCCUCCAAAAAAGCGACUAGACCCAGUCCUCUGCUCGAUUGGGAAAUUGUUUUUUUAACUGCACGACCAAUCUUAUACCCUUACUUACAUCUAGCAAAAUAAUAAAAAUAAAGAUAAUUUUCGUUGAAAUUAUUUGAAAAAAAUUAACAAUGGGUCCAAAUUAUUAAAACAUUUUAAUUUUGCGUCAAAUUACUGUAUUUCAAUAAAACUGCACUUUUCCUUAUCUCUAGACCAGAGGCGACUAAAAUUUGCCGUUCUUGAAUCAUUCUCCGCGACAAGUCCAGAUGAACUGAGUCUUGCAAAAUAUGAGAUUGUAUCAGUGAUUGAAAAUAGUUCUUCGGGAUGGUCAUGGGUUAAUGAACCAAGUGUUGGUUCUGGUUGGUUUCCUACCAAUUAUUUAGAACCUCUAGUCUUUCCAAAGAAGAACACCAGACGUGUGAGUAUCAAUGACAUUUGAUAAACUUGUGUUCACAUAUAAAAAGCUUUCAAAUUAAUCGGCCUUGAAUCAGGAUGGUCCAGAUCAGGCAGUUCAAUGAGCUAAAAAAAUAACUAGGGCUUGCAGUUCUGCAACCCCCCCCCCCCAGCCCCCCUCCCCUGCUACGCCUAUGUGAUGACUGUUCGGUAGAGGACUGUUUAUUUUCUUCAUUAGCAUAAACAACUACUGCGUUUCAAAAUCAGAAUCUCAAAAUUAAAUUAAAGGAUUAUAUUAAUUGAACGAGUCUAUUAUCAACCAGUAUACAGAUAGGAAUCUGAUUUAUGACAAAACGCGACUCAACUUCGCUCAACUAAAAACUGUUUCGAAAGUUGUUUAAUUUAAGGUUGCGUGCAGGAUUUUGUUCUAUUGCCAACAACAACCAUGUUGCACAAUCUGUUCAUAUGUAUAUAUAUAUAUAUUGCGGAUAGGAUGAGAUUUUCGGAAGUGGAAUAUUUUUACUUUCAUUCAACAUUCUUAUACCUAGCUAUUUUAUUAAAUAUUCCUACUUUCAAUAUUCUGAAAUACACUGGCGACUGGGUGGGGGCAAAUAUUCAAAGUUCUUUCAAAUAUUCACAUAUUAUAAAUUCCAAUAUAUAUAGGUCUAUAUAUAUAUAUAUAUAUAUAUAUAUAUAUAUAUAUAUAUAUAUAUAUAUAUAUAUAUAUAUAUAUAUAUAUAUAUAUAUAUAUAUAUAUAUAUAUAUAUAUAUAUAUAUAUAUAUAUAUAUAUAUAUAUGUUUAAAGAUUUGUAAUCCAGGCAUAUUAUAAUUAAUUAAAGUUCUCCGGAUUGAAAUAUACUUUUAUUGAGCUUUCGACUCGGUACUUUGAUAUAUAUAUAUAUAUAUAUAUAUAUAUAUAUAUAUAUAUAUAUAUAUAUAUAUAUAUAUAUAUAUAUAUAUAUAUAUAUAUAUAUAUAUAUAUAUAUAUAUAUAUAUAUAUAUAUAUAUAUAUAUAUAUAUAUAUAUAUAUAUAUAUAUAUAUAUAUAUAUAUAUAUACUAUCAGAAAUUUCAUAUAGGCCUACCUACCAGAAAUAUUCGAUAUCCUUGCCACAAAUAUUUCUAUUCAAACUAGUUAGAAUGCAGUAUAUUCGAAAUUCCGCUACCACCUCCACCACAGGAAAAAGGCACUCAUGUAUAGUCACAAUUCAUUUCCCACUCCUAGAAACUGCAAGUAUUUACAUUUAUUUAUACGACGAGAAGUUUCUAUACGGGUCCAGAAAACGGCGGAUCCGCUAUUUUAAUAGGAAUAUAUAAAAAAGGCUUUAAAAAUUGUUGCUUUCAAUUUAAUAUGGUAAUAAUCGCUGCAUUCUAUAACUAUAUAAGGUCUAUAAGGCCGUACAGUGUUGGUUUCCGACCCCUCAGGAAAAAAUGUUGCACUUUUGCGGAUGGACUGCACAGCCAUAUAUAUAACACUUAGAAAACAAACAGCAUGCAGUGUUUUCUAAACUAACCGUCAAAAUAUUUGCCAUAUACUGAAGAGUAUAUCUGUGAAUGCAGUUCUCUAUAUAAUAAAACUAAUAUGAUCUCUAUAUAGUCUCAUCGUAUAUGGUUGAUAGCUAUAUCAACUCAUAUUCGACUCGAGUUCGCAAUUGAAAUAACUGUUAAAAAUAUUCUCAGUAUCUCAUAAAUGAGCGAUAUUUUUUCUUUAAUUUUGUUUAAAUGGAGCAGUUAUCCAACGAAAGCUCAACCUCAGACUACCUGGACAUAAUAGUUGACGAAGGUCAGUUUUUACAAUAUUACAAUCUUACAAUUAUAGUUUUUGUACAAUAUAUCUAUUAUAUCUAUGAGAUCAGCAAUAAAUGUCGAUCAGACUGGAUCAGUCAAACUUCCGAACGACUCUGGACUCAGUUCAUGUGGCUAUACAAUUCAUAAAAUUAUUUUCAAACCAGCAUUCAACAACCGAACGACGAUCUUAUACAUCCGGCUAUACUCCGUAAAUUAUCUAAACACUUACUUCAUUAUAUUAUGAUUAUUAUAAUUAAUAAUUAUUGUAUAUAAUAAUGAUUAUAUUUUGUAAAUAUUCUUGUUUAUAGAUACUGAAUAUAUUUACGCCAGUUCUGAAGAAAUCCAGAAAGUGAAAAAAGAAGGUCACUACCAGGAAUAUGAAGCAAAAGGUUUGCAUUUACAAAGUAACUUAUAAUUCACUUCAUUAAUUGAAGACAUAUAAUGGAAAGCUCAACUUAUCGUUGUUUUUCUUUUGCUUUGUCCCCGUUGCUCAGCUGUAACACGGCGUUGUCUAUUGCAACCAUUAUCAUAUCAUUUCCCAUCAAGCGAACUUAGCGAAAUACGUUUUCCACAACUUUGCCUUUCCGGCUUUUUUUUAAAACUAAAAGGUUUUUAACUGAUCAUGAAGCAAAUAAAAUCAAAACUGAACUCUACAGUCACCUCCAUGUAUAAUUUAAAUUACUUUUGCUUUCCAAUGAACAAAUUAUUACUGCAUGCUAUUGUCUUUUUAUCCUCCGUGCUCCCAUCCCUCAUUACUUUCUAUUCGACGUGCGUGCAAAACAAACUUCAGCUUUGCUAUCAAGCGCAAUCCAAAAAAACACAACAGCUCACCAGCUAUAAAUAUUUAAAACUUUCCAUUAUCAGCCUACCGUGCAUCUCAUACAUACACUGGCGGUAAUGAAGAUGAACUCACGUUUAAAGAAAAUGAAACUAUUCUGGUAUUACAAGAAACAAAGACCGGUUGGUGGAGAGGAAGUACAUAUCUUGGUGAGGGAUGGUUUCCCGCCACUUUUGUUGAAGUAAGCAGUCGUAUUUUUUCUUCCUCAUGCAGUGUACAUAAGCUUCAAAAAUGUCGUAUAACUAUAACCAUACUGCAUGACUACAAUAAUUCCUCGUAUAAAACCAGACAGAGGAAAGAAUUUUUAAAGAUUUAUCCUGUUCAGUCUAAAUUAUCCUCCAUGUAUAUAUUUUUAUAGUAUAACUUUUUCAGUCAUUUUCUUCAUGAUUUUCUAUACUGUCUGACAAAACGUUUUUAACUGGCAUUUACUCUUUUAGGAUCCAAUAAAUGAAGAUACGACUGAUGAAUCUUACGAAUAUGUUGUCUGUAAAGAAC